CCAUCUCAUAUCGCGGGAGCGGACAGAGAUCGCUCAGGAGCACCAGAAUUUGCAAUGAGGCGCCCCCUGAACGCGAUGAUCUGUCUUCUCCUCCUGGCUGCACUGCACUUGGAUACGGUCAAGGGGAUAGGGAUUUAUCCUUACGGGCAUGCCGAGUUCAGCUACAAGCGCAACAAUUGCAAGCCCAUACCCAGCGCCCUGGCGCUGUGUCACGGCAUCGAGUACCCGGAGAUGAGACUCCCCAACCUUCUCGGGCACGAAACCAUGGAGGAGGUGCUGCAGCAGGCCAGCUCCUGGAUCCCGCUGGUCCAGAAGCAGUGUCACCCAGACACCAAGAAGUUCCUCUGCUCCCUCUUCGCCCCGGUGUGCAUCGAUGAAGUGGACGAGCCGAUCCAGCCCUGCCGCUCGCUGUGCGAGCAGGUGAAGGAGAGCUGCUCGCCGGUCAUGUCAGCCUUCGGCUUCCCCUGGCCUGACAUGCUGGAGUGCAAUCGCUUCCCGGAGGACAACGACCUGUGCAUCCCACCCGCCGACUCCAACGAGCACGUCUCUGUGCCCAAAGAAGAACCGAAGAUCUGUGACGCAUGUAAAGACAGAGAGCAAAACGACAAUGAAAUUGUCGAGAACUACUGUAAAAAUGAUUUCGCUUUGAAGAUAAAAGUGAAAGAGAUUUCUUACAUCAAUGGAGACACAAAGAUCGUCCCCGAGACAAAAAGCAAGACUAUUUACAAGCUGAAUGGAGUGACCGAGAAGGAUCUGAAGAAGAGUGUAUUGUGGCUGAAGGACGGCCUGCAGUGUACCUGCGAUGAGAUGAACGACAUCAAUGCCCCCUACUUAGUGAUGGGACAAAAGCUCGAUGGGAACCUAGUCAUAACCUCCGUGAAGAGAUGGCAGAGAGGGCAGCGAGAGUUCAAGAGAAUUGCUCGUAGCAUCCGCAAACUGCAGUGUUAAAUAGUGUGGCCCUAUUUGCAGAGCGUAACAUUGAAAACCCCGUACACCCCUUUCCCUCUGAUGCAUUUCACGCCGUUUACGCUUUGUUAGCAAUUGUGUGACAUAAACUAUGAAAUCACUGUCCUUUGAAACACACAUAAACUGAAACCGCCACUAAUGAUGGAUUUAA